AUGUCUACCAUCAUCGAAAGCGAGGCUGCCUUCGAGAAGAGGUGCCUAGAGGUUCGAGGAGAUGGCUCACUUACUGCGGGGCUGUCCACCCAAGGCGUCAAAUCUUUUCGCUCGCUUGCCUUUGCUCUGGGAACCCCUCAGAGCCCGCCGACCGAGGAUGCCUUCAGAGAGCUUGCAAAACUUGUGUAUGCCACAGGUGAGCCGACUGUAGGCGAGUUGUCCAGUAUCAGGCAGUUGCACUUUGAGGCGUCCACUCUGGUGAUCCAGACGUACAGGGACAUGGUGUCGCAUGAUUCUUCAGAUGGUGCACCGAUGAGAAAGCUCCCGCUGCCAGAGAAGAGGGCUCGUAAGGAAUCCCAACAGUCCAGACUAAGGGGCAUAGACUUGGACGGGGAGCUUGAUCCUUCAUACCAGUUGAUCGAUGCAUGCAAUCAUCAGAUGGAGAACGCCGUGAUCUACUGGCUUGCACCUUCCAAGUGCCCCAAGCGUGAGCAAGAGGUGAUUGCAGGUUUCAAGGAAAAGCCGAGCACCCUUCAAGUUGAGAACAACACUGUCAAGGUAGGAGGUCCGAGUGUCACAGUGGAGUGCGAUACUUCGGAUUCUUUGCGCUGUCAGUGGGCUUGGAUGCGAAGGGGUCUUGCCUACGAUCAGUGCAAGAUGCUUUCUUACAAUGUGCAUCAGAAGUGGAUCCAAAAGCUUCUGGACUGCCUGUCACAGGUCCCUCCACCGAACUUUGCUCCUGUUACUUUGACGCAGUGUGUCAGGGCAGACAAGGAGAUGUUCCUGCUCAUGUCACAAGAGGGCCUUCAAUCCUUCAAGCCAGGGCCUUCAGGUGUUCCGCCUCUUGAUGCAGUCAUGUCCCGUUUAGCCUUCGAUCAGCGCAUCACUCAGUUCUUGCUUCCUAUGCAGAAGUCGCAAGUCGUGAAGGUUGCGCCUACAAAGGUGACGGAGGAUGACAAGCCGCCUGCACCCCACAAGGUGCCACGCAUCGCGACUGAAAAGGCUAAGGCAAAGGCGAAGGCGCGAGGAGGCCCGAAGAACAAGCCGGCAGCUUUGGCAGCAUAUGAUACGAGGACCAAGUUUGGCAAUGCGUGCUGGGGUUUCAAUCUUCCCGAUGGCUGCUCUAACAAGACCGAGAAGGAUCCGAAGUCAGGCUUCCAGAAGUGCGACAAGGGAGAGGAAGCGGCAGCGAUGUUUCACCUUGAGCAAGCUUCCGCCCCUUCUGAUGGAACAUCCGUUGAUGGGGUUGGCAAGGAGGCUAAUGUGUUGACUGGGUUGGCUAUGAAGCGCAACUUCAGCCAACUCUUGAAGACACCUGUUGAUGCUGAGAGCCCGGUCGCAGAUCAAGCAUCUGCCGAUACCCACGAACAGAUGGCGCGCACAAUGCUCCAUGCAAACGCCUUUACUGCCAGCAACUGCAUCCGCCUGUUUGAUGCUUGCCCCAAGGACCGAUCCCUUCGAAGUGUGCAGGACAGCUCCGUGGCAGGAACGCGCAUAAGCUUUGGGUUCUAUGUUCGCGGUGGCCAGGCCAUCGUCUUCAAUGCAUGCACGUUGGCUCCGGCCACUUGUCGAUUCUUCACCUCGGUGGUUCGAUUCGUCGACCCCACCCAUGUGUUCGGGGCUUUUCAGAUUCUUUCUGAUGUUCGUUCGGAGCUUCAUCUUGACAAAGCCAACGAAAAAGGAUCGAGGAACCUUGUCGUUCCUCUCACCUUCUUUGAGCAAGGCCAGAUCUGGAUCAGGGAUGAGGCAGGGCAGCAUGAGAUUAAACACGGUGGCAAGUCAUACUUCGGAAAGUUGCUUGAUGUUAAUGCAGGGCCGCUUCGCAUCGACCCAUCAGUGCAUCAUGCAGUUCUGCCUUGGCUUGGUCGCAGGGUGGUUCUGGUUGCUUACAUGCCGUCUUUUGUGGAAAGGCUCAGCCGUCGCGAUAAGUCCUCUUUGUCUGAGCUGGGAUUUGUCUUCCGACAUUUUUCAGGUCCGAGCAGUGGCCCUUUGAAGGACAUUCGCGAUGCACCAGCGUCGUCUGCACGGGACAGCUGUAACGCUGAGGACUUCUUGAUUUUGGAGCUGUGUGCAGGCACUGCCAGUGCUUCUCGAGGCAAACACAUCAAGAAGUGGGAGGAGCAAGGCUAUCAGCUACCUGCUGAGCUUCGGAGCUCUGAGUAUCCUGACAUGAUCCCUGGGCUUUCACCUCAGGAUCGCAAACGGGUCGAGGAUGCAAAUCAACUUUACUUUGAAACAGCUCGGCUGGUUUUGGCUUCUGUCGGGCAGGAUGUUUUGACUGUGGUCGAGAAUCCUGACUCGUCCCUUUAUUGGGCUACGUCUUUCUUUCAGUCCAUUACUUCUGUAUGCCCUGGGUUUUUCACCCGUUUUCACUUGUGUUGCCAUGGGGGUGCACGUCCUCGCUUGAUCCGCUUGUGGUCAUCCAAGAAUGUCUUCAGUUCGCUUGAGGCUCGUCGUGACAACUCGCACCCCCACAAGCCAUGGCAGCCACGUUUGUUCGGGCGUAAGGUCAAAUUCACGACUUCUGACGAGGACGAGUAUCCGUCUGUCUUCUGUUUGCGGUUGCUUUCAGCUUUGGCAAGUCAUAUCCAGGUAUCCUUGGAUAAUCCCUCGCCGCAACAGUCGGUGCCUUUCCACAGCAAAAGCACCAGGGUGGCUUUGGGUCUUCAACCGCGUGGGGCUUCCUUCGGGCCUUUGGUCGCAGAAUUUUCACAUGUUCUGUCGUGCUUCUGCCCUCCGAGUAAGCCGCAACUUGUGAUGGACUUUUUGGCCACGCAGCCUAAGGGCUCUCGCAUUGUUCGUCGCUCUGUUUUGGGAUGGGGGGACGUCUUGCAUUCACUUGAACUGUGCGAGCACCCUACUUUCCUUGAGGUCCCAGAUCCGAGGUCUGUUCAGGUCGCAGCAAAAGGCACUCAGGUUGAACUUGUGACGAUUGGCAUUCCGUGUCAGCCUUCCGAGUUCAUUCGAAGGGCCUUGAUCACAGGACACCCCAGGAGCUUCGAUUUCCAUCUUGAACCCGAAAUAGAUGAGGCGAUUCAUGCGAACUUUGUUGGAGAUCCUGGUGACUUAGCCCGUGCUCGAAUCGACUUUGUCAAGAAGUGGAGUGCCCGAGCUAAGGAGCUCCAACCUGAGGAGGAUAAGCUUCACUCCGACAUGCCUGGCUACCUUGCACAGGUUUUGCACGGCAAACGUCUUCUCCUGUUUAAGGAAAUGAUGCAGGCGGCCGGAUGUAGCGAUGAGCACCUUUUCAGGGAUGUUGUGGCUGGCUUUCGCAUAUCCGGCUGGAUGCCGGCCACCGGCAACUCCGGACCUAAGGUCAGAGCACCAAGGAUGUCGGUGGACACCCUCAAAUUGCUUGCCCCUGGAUUGAACAAGACUGUAGUGACGAAGCUUGCACGCCGCCAGGACUCAGAGCUUGAGGCAUCAGUGUGGCAAGAAACGCAGAAGGAGAUAGACCUAGGUUGGGUUUGGGUUUCGACCGAGAUCUCCCUUUGUAGCAUUGUCAUGCGCUUUGGUAUUGUCCAAAACGGGAAAGUUCGCUUGAUUGACGACUGCACCAUCUCUUGCCUUAACUUGACGGUUGGGCUUUGCGAAAGGUUCGAGCUACAUACAAUUGACAAACUUGCUGCGAUUCUGUCUUGUGCGCUUGAGAGGUCUCCUGCCUCAGGCUUGUCGGGCUGGGUUGGGAGAAAUUAUGAUCUUAAGUCCGCGUACAAGCAAUACGGCAUUCACCCAGUUGACCGCGCCCUGGUGAGACUGGCAGUCAAUAGACCAGGAGAGGAAGAACCGCUUCUCCUUGGCCUGAACGCGCUUCCUUUCGGAUCUGUAGCGUCAGUAAGUGCAUUCUUGCGUGUAUCGUUCGCCAUUUGGAAGAUAGGGAUUGUUCUUGCAAGAAUAGUGUGGACUGCGUAUUUCGACGAUUUUACGAAUGUCUGCAGGAGAAUCUUGAAGGACAACACUGCUUGGGUCAUCGAGUGCUUGUUUGACCUGUUGGGGGUUCGCUUCGAUAGGUCGGGCAAGAAGGCGAUUGACCAUGCAACUUCCUUUGCAACUCUGGGUUUGCAGGUUGAUCUUGCAAACACGGAGGACCGUGUAAUUCUUAUCGGCCACACCGAUAAGAGGCGUGAUGAACUGUGCGCCUCGCUCAGCGAAGUUCUUGAGCAGGGCAAAUUGGAGCCUAGGCCUUUUGAGAGGUUGAAAGGGCGCAUGGUUUUCUUCGAAGGUUACAGCUUCGGGAGAGUGAGCAACCAAGCCGUCCGGACUUUGUCGAGGGCUUGCAAACACGCCAACUCGUCCGUUCACUUGAACGCUCUACACAGGUCCGCAUUGCACUUCUUGAUCGAGCGAACCAAGUCAGCUGAGCCUUUGAGGGUUCAGCCUUGCCUUCGAGCGACUUGGAUUCUUUUCACGGACGGAGCUUGUGAGGCUGAGAGAUCUUGGGGUGGCGUCGGAGGCGUCCUCUUCGCCCCGAAUGGCAGCUGUGCUGGCUACUUCGGUGAGUCGGUUCCAGAUGAGCUCAUGAUUCAACUCCUGUCAUUUUCGAAGAAUCCGAUCUUCGAGCUUGAGAUUGCUCCAAUCUUGAUUGCAUACGAACUGUGGAAGGGUCUUAUCCAGGGAGCACAACUCGUGUGCUAUCUUGAUAACGAGGGAGCGCGGUACUCUUGCAUCCGUUGCUUCGCAGAUACUUCGAGUGUCGCUGAUGAUUGGGUGCGUGGCAUCCUUCACCUUGAAUCUCAAGCACAAGUGAACGUGUGGUACGGUGCAGAGGCUUUGCAGGUACAGGUCGCGUCCGACCUGGGCCACUCUCCUUUCAAGAAGGGGGCCAUCAAGGAGCAACCACAGUUGGCCGAGCGCUACACAGAGCAGGUUGCCGUUGCAUUGCAAGCUGUUGAUAAGUAUGAGCCCAAGAAGUUGAACGCCCUACUGCUGGAGGUCGGGAGAAAGGUCUUUCAUGUUCAGCGCCCACCCAGCUUGCCGCCGCCCUGGACUGGAGCGCAACACAUUGGCGGCAUCAAGGACAUGUGGCAACAUUAUCGACUCAUGCGCAGGUCCUUCGAGGAGGCCAAUCGUUCUCGUGUGGGGCGACUCCGUGCUAUGGUGCAGGCUUGGAAGCAUAGGGUUCGUUUCUUGAAAAUGCAUCGCAUGGUUCAGAAGCAUUCUCGACAACUACGCCGGACCAGGUUGGCACAGCUACUUCAAGAGGCGGAUGCCCACACACGCUCUGGCUGCAGUCAGGCGCUCUUUGAUCUAGUUCGGAGAGUGGCACCCAAACAAGCACGAAAACGAGCUCAGCUACGGACUAAGGAGGGCAAACUGCUUACUCCGGCUGAAGAAGCCCGUGCCCUACAGGAUUUCUGGCGAUCGGUGAAUGGCGCACCAGGGUCGCUCCUUCGUUCGGGACAGGCUUCCAGCUACAACGUGCUGCAGCAGGACAUUGAGCAAGCCCUACGCGAUCUUCAGGCGAGCAAGGCUGCCCCGCCACACUGUGCUCCACAUGCCUUCUGGAAACUGGCCUCUUCCCCAGUUGCUGCGUUCAUGGAAGAUAAGGUUUUCUCAAGCUGGCGUGAGGAUCAAGCGUGGGUCCCAGAUGAUUGGUCGGCGGCAUGGCUGGUGUUCCUGCAUAAAGUUGGCAAGGCCAACGAUGACCCCGCAUCAUUACGGCCCAUCGCGCUGCUAGACCCAAUGGGCAAGGCAGUCAGUGGUGUCCUGAAGAGGCACCUCGAACCAUAUUUGAUAAAGGCAACUGCCACAUUGCCACUUUAUGGCUAUCUUGCGAACAGAUCCCCGCAACAGGCCCUCACGGUGGUCUAUGAGCACUGCGAUAGAGUUCGAACUGCUGCCCGAGCCCAAACUCGAUCCUGGUACGAACUACGAGCGGGACAGAAGAGGUCAUCGUGUGCAGGGGGCCUCCAGGUCAGUGUGGAUUUUUCUCAAGCGUUUGACCGUGCAGACCGACAACUUUUGGUGCGUGCCUUGCAAUUUCUUGAAGUGCCGGAUGACUUGACCGAUGUGAUUCUCAGGUGGACCCAGAAUACGGUUUUCCACAUUGACAAGGCCGACGCGUCUGAGCAGUAUCAUUCCAGUACUGGCAUCCGCCAGGGAUGCAAGUUGUCUCCUACACUGUGGUGCUGUCUGUACACCUAUGUGCUACAUGUUCUUGAUCAACAGCUUGGUGCGGAGUGGAGCUUAGCGCACCUGCUGGGAUUCGCGGAUGACACACAUCUGCGAUGGGAAUUUCAGGAUCGAGAAGGCCUGCUCAAGGCCCGUGUUGAGGCAGGACGUGCACUCAGCAUUCUUGAGGACCUCGGUUUCUGCAUUAGUCGGGAUAAAACAGUAUGCUUGCUCAAGGCGGAGGGUGUCCAAGUUCCACAUCUGAUGCGCAAAAUCACGCGCAAACGCCUGCAGCCCAAAGGCACUCUGCUGAUUCUCGAUGAGAGAUGGACGUUGCCACUCAAGCGCGACCACAUCUACUUAGGAGCUGUGAUCUCAUAUGGCAACUACGAGAUGCUCAAUGCACAACAUCGCAGACAUGCAGGACAAGCUGCCUUCUCACGCAUGCGCACUACGCUUAUGUCGCACCGUGCUCUCUCCCUUGACAAGAGGCUGCAUCUAUGGCGUACCAUUGUCCUGCCGGCCACUUUGUAUUCCUUGUCUUCUUCAGGAUACACCAGGAAAUCCUUUGAUCUCAUCCGGGUCCUGAUGGUCAGGCAGAUUCGUGCCAUUGCCCGCAGUCCGAGACACCUCACUGAGGAGAGUGAUCUGCAUCUACUACAGCGCCUACGGCUGCCUCAAAUACAUGAGAUGCUGCUUCAGGUCCACAGUCGAGUCGUUGAGGCUUCCACUUCUUUACGCCAGAUCCUUAGUCCGCAAGAUGUACGUCUCACGCAGGAUAUCGUCCAGCGUGAAUGUCGGCUCUAUGAGGCUUUCAAGCAACUGGUUGCUACGGAUGCAAAGGCUGCUGGCACGCCGAACAGGCUCACGUGUGAACAUUGCGGGCAAACCUUUGACAAUGAUGCAGCCCUGCGGCAACACAAAGGUCGUAUGCACAGCAAAACCAGAAUGGAGGCGGCACCCACGGUGUUCGACAGGCAACAACAUGGCACUGACGGCAUGCCGCGUUGCCGUGGAUGCGGGCAUCCCUUCGCUAGGUGGGCGGACCUUCAGAAGCACAUCGAGGAGAACCACUGCCAAGGCAAAAUCCAGGAGGAAGCGCCCGCCCUUGAAGAGCGGUCCUCCGUUCUGCAGCAGGCUCGUGAUGGCACGCUACAUAUACAAUCGCUCACUCUGUCCAUGCUGACGGACGAGCUUAGGCUGGAGCUGCUCUCACAUUGUGCGUGUUGUAGACAGUGGAUGCCCAACUCCAGAUACGUCAAGAUGCACUGGAAUCGAGUGCACAAAGUUGAAUCCCAACAGUUUCAGGCUCGUACACUGCAGUGGCGUCGUCUUUCUUUUGAGCCCAUCAAAAACACCUGUCCUUGGUGUCAGGGGACCACUGCGGACCGCUCGGAUCAUCGGGACACCUGUCCGGUCCUCUUUCAGCUCAGUAUGGUUCGGGCCAUCAUCCUAUCUGCUGAUGAGGCUGAAUCUCCGGAGGCUGAGGCAAUGAUGCCGGACAUGACUCUUCCAGCAAAGGACGACAUACCAUCAUGGAACAUGGAGUGUAUGCUGUGCCGCGAGUCAUGCACUGCCAGAGGGUUGCGCAAACAUUUCGAUCAGAAGCACCAUGUGAUUUGGAAUCAGGCUCAACCUAAGGUGGACUUGCUUUGCGCGGCUUGGGCAAAGGGACUUGAAACCAAAUGUCAGUUUUGCAACAGUACCUACAACAAGCGCAAUCGGCAUGCCAUCACUUGUCCUGCUGUUACACAGACUGCCCUGGCGCGCGCAGCGCUUCAGGAAGUGUUUGGAUCCUUGGUUGCGGAGAACGGGCCGCUGAUGGACUUCGGAGCGGGAUCCAACAUAGGCAAGCGCAACUCGGAGAAUCCACUGGGGCCCCUAACGAGCCGACCAGCCAAAACGGGCCGUCUCAACAACGGUCAAAAGGGCGGACGCGGCAAAGGAGGGCGACCCAUGGAAGACCUGUUGCGACUUCUAUCUUCGAUCAUCCUGCGACACGAGGACCAGCUGAAGAUUCUGAGACAAUCAACGGGUUGGGUGUUGUUCGCGAAAACAGCAUCUCCGUCCAUUGUACCGGGGAUCCUCAAGGCCUCCCUGAAGUGGAAGGACGACGUGGUCAAGCCGGACUGCAAGUUCGCCAACGUGAGCUUGCGCGCAAUCCUCUUCUGGAAUCUGAUGGAGCAGAUGUUAACGGUGCUACAGGGUCUCACGCAGGAAGCGAAGGCCAAGGCUGUGGAAGAGGGGUGGAUGAACAGUGCGGGCGCUUGGGUGUUUCAGGAGUGGUCGCACGAGAAGCACUGCCUGCAGAUCGACAGCUCCAGGAAUCCAACAACGACGGAGGAGCUCCUCAACAUCCUACGCGAACUGAAGACGCUCGCGACCUCAGAGGUGAUCUCAGCGUUCUUUUCGAAUCGGCCGCUGACGGAGCACAUGCAAGGACACAUGGUAGUGUUCCAGCUGGAUGUGUCGUUCCGAAAAGAAGUGGCGCAUCGCUUCUACGUGCUGUUGGAAGCUCUUCAAGGACAGGCCUCCCUUCAACUGUGCGGUGUCCAACUGCGCAAAGAGGGCUUCCGGAGAUCGCCUGCGGACCCUACGCUUGAUGGCUCCUUCGGCAGUGCCGGGCUCACCUUUCUUAAGAACCUACUGCAACAUACACAACAACCCGUGUUCAUUGCAGGUCAACUGAUGUUCAACUUUGCUCUACGCGGAUGGAGGUCACCGGCCACACAACACGAUUGCGCAGAGUUCUUUUCACACAUCAUUGCCCGCUUUGGCAUCACAGCGUUUGAAGGUGAGUGGGAAGCUCGUACAACAGUUGAGGACUCUCCGGGGCAGUUUCGAUGUGAGCGCUCUGACAUUGGUCGGUGCACGGAGGCGAUAUCAAUCGACCUACCUGCGGGGCGUGUGCAUGCUGCUCAGUAUCUUCUUCAUUGCUGGCACACGCAAGCUCACCCACAUGCCUUGAAGGUCGCACCGGCUCUUUUGCUGUUGCGCUUUUCUCGAUAUGUACAGGCGGGCCGAAGGAUCAGAAAACGUACCUGCAAGAUUACCUGGCCGCGACAACUUCACCUGCCACUUUUCAGGGGGAACGAUGAUCUUACAUCAGGCACGGUUGCCUACGACGUGCUGGCUGCCAUCUCACAUCAUGGUCCCAUCCUGAGUGAGGGCCAUUAUACAACUUUGCUCCAUGCGGCAGGGGGCGACCUUCAUUGCGAUGACAAUACCGCGCACAACGGAGUCCGGCCCCUUAGUGGUCGGAUGAAAGUGAACUUCUUCAGUUGGGGAUCCACAACUCCGCCAGCACAGGUCACUCCUGGGGUGAUGAGAGUGGCGGUCCGAUGGUUGUGGAAUGUUUUCUCGGGGAUAUCUGCUCUCAGUGCAAAAUCAGUGGAGCUUGCUAAUGCUUAA